CUAAAAGCCUCAACUUUUUUUUAUUUUGUUUUUUUUGCCGUUGCCUUUCUCCCUCUUUCACCUUCUACAUUUUCCCACGUCAUUUUCCUGCUUCCCAAACACACGCCCUUUUCAUUUUAUCCCUAGGAUUUUCCAUUUUGCGUCUUCUUUCUUAAUUAUUUACUUCUGGGUACCCUGAAACCCUUUUUGUGUGUGUGUGUGUGUGUUUCAAGGUCAGCUGAGCUCCAUUUCGCUCUGCUUCCAUCAUCCCCUUUUGUUUUCCUUUUUCUUUCCUUGUAAACCUAGCUACAUAAUUGAGCUACUUCCACUUUGAUUCAAAUUUGAGCUCAAAAAGGAGGAAGAUAAGAAAAAGGUACAGCGACCUUCUCCUCCCCCUUUUUAACUAUGAGUCUUGAACUUUGGUUUGCAAUUUAGCGGUUAUUGGUUUAAACAAGGAAAAGGAAAAAUAAUGCCACUGGAGACCGAAAAUGGGGUUCACUACUCCUUUGCAUUGGAAUAUAAUGGCCCGCCGUUGUCUUAUGAUCUCCCACGCGCCGUUCCGAUUAACGUCAAACAAAUUCCGGUCGCUGCCGUCGUGUCUCAUCUAUCUCUCCCGGAUAAACUAUCUUUGCCGGUCGUUAAACCACUGUUACCCGCCGGUCCAGGUAAAAACCUCUCUAAAGAGUUAAAAUCUAUUGUCUCUCAAAAAGAGCCGGGAUCCGAAGAAGCAGCAACAACGGUGUCUCCCACUUUAGUCAUCGAUAGAGCCAUAGAGAGUAACCAAGAUUGCAGGUUGUCGGGCGAGCUGACUAGCUCAGGUGCGUUGGAGUUUUCCACUGGGCCGUGUGGGUCGCCUUGCAUUAGCAAGGAGCUCUCUAUUGAAUUGCUAAAUGGGGGCAGGAGCUCCAGUACCAUAGAGUUCUCUGAUAGUUUUGAUAAUAAAUCGCGGGAAAGUACAUCGAGAUUGAGGGUUUCGAAUGAAUUAAGUCAGGAUUGGGCUUCCAGUGAAUCGGUUUUAAGCAUUGAUUACCCAUCUUCGCGGGUUUCUAGUCUUAAACCUUCUGGGGAGUGUCAUACUCAUAACGAGGGAAAUGAGGAUGGUAGGCGAGCCCGUGUUGUUGCUUUUUGUGAUGUUGAAUCAGAUAGUGGUGUUGUUGGUGGUGAUUAUAGUGAAGAGUUGGGCGAGGAGGAGCCGAGGUUUGUGCGGGUUAAGAGAGAACCGCAGAGUAAAGGGAAGAAAGGGACUUGUUAUAGGUGUUUUAAGGGUAAUAGGUUUACUGAGAAGGAAGUUUGCAUUGUUUGCGAUGCCAAGUAUUGUAGUAGUUGUGUGCUUAGAGCUAUGGGGUCGAUGCCUGAAGGAAGGAAAUGUGUUACUUGUAUUGGGUAUCCCAUUGAUGAAUCGAAAAGAGGGAGUUUGGGAAAGUGUUCGAGAAUGCUUAAGCGAUUGCUGAAUGAUUUGGAGAUUAGACAGAUAAUGAAGGCUGAGAAGUUGUGCGAGGCAAAUCAGUUGCCUCCGGAGUUUGUUUGCGUAAAUGGAAUGCCCCUUUCCCAUGAGGAGUUGGUUGUUUUGCAGAGUUGUCCAAACCCUCCAAAGAAGUUGAAACCUGGAAGCUAUUGGUAUGAUAAAGUGUCUGGUCUGUGGGGAAAGGAAGGACAGAAGCCUUCCCAGAUCAUAAGUCCCCAUUUGAAUGUUGGGGGUCCUAUUAACGUGAAUGCUAGCAAUGGAAACACACAAAUUUACAUAAACGGCCGGGAGAUCACAAAAGUAGAGCUUAGGAUGUUGCAGCUGGCUGGAGUUCAAUGUGCUGGCAACCCACAUUUUUGGGUGAAUGAGGAUGGAUCAUACCAAGAAGAGGGGCAGAAGAAUACUAAAGGUUACAUUUGGGGCAAGGCGGGAAUGAAGCUUGUCUGUGCUUUCUUAUCACUCCCUGUUCCCGCUAAAUCUUCAAAUUCUUGUGGAGAACAAGUUAACAGUAUGAUGAGCAGAAGUGUCCCAGACUACAUUGAGCAGAGAACGCUUCAGAAGAUUCUUUUAGUUGGAUACGGCGGAUCUGGGACAAGUACUAUUUUUAAGCAGGCCAAGAUUCUUUACAAACCUGUCCCUUUCACAGAGGAUGAGCGUGAAAACAUUAAAAUGACAAUUCAGAGCAAUGUGUAUGGUUAUCUUGGUAUACUUCUCGAGGGGCGUGACCGUUUUGAAGAAGAAUGUUUGGCCGAAAUGAAGAAAGGGCAAUCUUCUGAUGAAGCUGACUCCAUUGGGAGUAGCAAUAGCAUCAAUUGCAAAACUAUCUAUUCUAUCGGUCCAAGGCUUAAAGCAUUCUCAGAUUGGCUUCUGAAGAUUAUGGUGGCAGGAAAUUUGGAAGUGAUUUUUCCAGCAGCCACUCGGGAAUAUGCACCAUUGGUAGAAGAGUUGUGGAAGGACCCUGCCAUUCAGGCCACUUACAACCGGAGAAAUGAAUUGGAAAUGUUGCCUAGUGUUGCUAGUUAUUUCUUAGAAAGGGCUGUUGACGUAUUGAGAACAGACUAUGAACCCUCAGAUUUGGAUAUCCUGUAUGCUGAGGGCGUUACUUCAUCAAAUGGGCUUGCUUGUUUGGACUUCUCAUUUCCCCCAUCAGCAUUUGAUGAUAAAUUUGACACUGAUGAUCCCCACGGCUCUCUUCUCAGAUACCAACUGAUUAGUGUACAUGCACGAGGGCUGGGAGAGAACUGCAAGUGGCUUGAGAUGUUUGAAGAUGUUGGGAUGGUCAUUUUCUGUGUUGCAUUGAGUGACUAUGACCAAUAUGCAGUUGAUGGCAAUGGGUGUUCUACAAACAAGAUGUUGAUGAGCAGGAGAUUCUUUGAGAGUAUUGUUACUCAUCCCACCUUUGAUCAGAUGGAUUUUCUUUUGUUACUGAACAAAUUUGAUCUGUUGGAGGAAAAGAUUGAACGUGUUCCAUUGACUGAGUGUGAAUGGUUUGAUGAUUUCUAUCCUGUGAUCAGCCGUCAUAAAUCUAGCAGCAACAGGAAUAGCAUCAAUUGUAACCCUUCACUUGGUCAGCUGGUUUUCCACCAUGUUGCUGUCAAGUUCAAGAAGCUUUAUGCUUCACUAACAGGAAAGAAGUUGUAUGUUUCUUUGGUUAAGGGGCUGGAACCUGAUAGUGUUGAUGGAGCUCUUAAAUAUGCAAGGGAGAUUUUGAAGUGGGAAGAAGAAAGACCCAACUUCAGCCUGAGUGAGUAUUCUUUUUAUAGCAACGAGGCAAGCUCCUAUUCCCCUUAAUCGGUAAAUCAUAAAGGGUUUGUAAAUGGAUCUUCUACAACAUUUGUCAUUGCCAGUGUUCAUAUAUAAUGGCAUGUAAAUGAACCAGUGAAGAUGCUUCUUUUCUAUAAGCCAUUGCAGCUAUAUGAUCCCUUAAAUCAUCUAGGUAUUAUCCAAGUCUUGUGCUGCUAUAUAGUUUCGUAGAUUUCCAGCAUACAGUUAGGAUGAAACAUUAGUUUUCAAUGUUAUACGAUGAAAGAAUCACCUGAUAUUGUGUGUGUGUGUUUUUUUUUUUUUUGGUACCAUGCUCUGUAGUUAUUUUACCUUUGAAACUGGAUUCAAAUAUUCAUUUGUAAUAUAAGAUGAUAUUACUUUGGAUCCUGUAACAA